AUGCGUUCAAUCAAGCUAUGGCCUCCUAGCCAAAUCACGAGGCAAGUUCUUGUGGAUCGUAUUGUAAAAAAUCUGGCAACACCAUCCAUUCUAUCAAGAAAAUACGGUCUCCUAAGUAAAGAAGAUGCAGAAGAAGACGCCAAAUUAAUAGAGUCUGCAGCUUUUGUUGCUGCAAGCCAACACUUUGACAAAGACCCAGAUAGCGAUGGAGGAUCCUCUGUUCAACUCUACGCUAAAGAAUCCAGUAAACUUAUGGUACAAGUUAUCAAAAGAGGGUCCAGAGGAAAAGAUGACCGGGAAACCACCAUCCCGGAGUUGGUCACACUUCCAUCAGACCACGAAACUGUUUUUGACAUCUCCGGUGGCCGGAGAGCCUUCAUUGAAGCAGAAGAAGCUAAAGAACUACUGAAACCAUUAAAAGAGUCUGGAAACAAAUACACAAAGAUAUGUUUUAGCAAUCGAAGCUUCGGUUUACCCGCUGGACAUGUUGCUGCAUCGAUUCUGUCAGCCAUGAAAGAUCAGUUGACCGAUGUUGACUUCUCCGAUAUCGUUUCGAGGAGGCCGGAGCCUGAAGCUGUUGAAGUUAUGAGAAUGUUAUCUUCAGCCCUCGAUGGGUCGAACCUAAACUAUCUGAAUCUUUCAAAUAAUUCACUGGGCGAAAGAGGGAUUCGAGCAUUCGCGGAUUUAUUAAAAUCUCAAAAGAAUCUCGUUGAAUUAUAUCUGAUGAACGCUGGAAUCUCUGAACAUGCUGCAAAAGCUUUACGCGAAUUGAUUCCUUCUACAAAUAAAAUUAAAAUCCUUCAUUUUCACAACAACGUAACUAAAGACGAAGGUGCAGUUGCAAUCUCUCAAAUCGUGAAAGAAUCCCCAAAUCUUGAAGAUUUCAGAUGCUCCUCCACUCGGGUCGGGUCUGUAGGUGGGGUUGCGUUAUCCGAAUCACUACAAAAUUCUACCCUUCUGAAGAAACUCGAUUUACGUGACAACAUGUUCGGACCUCAAUCCGGCGUCGCACUUGGCCGGGCUCUUUCCGUUCCGGUGAAACUCACCGAGAUUUACCUCAGUCACUUGCGUUUGGAAGACGAAGGAGUCACCGCCAUUGUUAAGGGUCUGAAAGGUUCCGCUUCCGCCCUCGAAAUCCUCGACCUCGCCGGAAACAGCCUCACUUCUGAAGCGGCUCCUGCUGUGGCUGCGUGUAUAACUUCAAAGAAACAUUCUUUAACGAAACUAAACUUAUCGGAAAACGAAUUGAAGGAUGCAGGUGCAAUGGUGAUCGGGGAGGCGCUUGAGGGUGAUUUUGGGCGGUUGAAUAUAGUUGAUUUGAGUAGCAAUGGGAUCAGAACAGGUGGCGCCACCGCAUUGGCUAAAGCGGUUGUGGGGAAACCGGAGUUCAGGAUGCUGAAUAUCAAUGGGAACUUUUUGUCUAAUAAAGGGGUUGAAGAUGUUAGAGAGAUCUUCAAGAACUCGCCACGUAUGCUUGGAUCUCUUGAUGACAAUGAUCCUAAUGGAAAAGAUGAUGAUGAUGGUGAUAACAAUCAAGAUGCUUGA